AUGGCGCUGCUCGAGCAGCUGUUAAACGUCGCCGUGCUCGCGGGGUCGUCGAACGCCGGCGCGCUUCUCACGGCGAAGGCGCCGAAAAUCGCGGACCCGGAAAAUCUGAUCACGGAAUCGAUGUCGAUCGAGAAGAUUCGUUGGAGGACGCUGCCCGCGUACGAGGAGGUGCUCGCCCCCGCGGCGAGCGCGCAGGCGUUCGCGAAGCACGUCCACGCGACGUUCGCGAAGAGCGUGAUGCAGGCGUGGGAGUCGAAGUACCUGUCGCACUGCCCGGAGCAACCCGCGUCAUCGCUCAUGACCGCGCUGCAGCACCUCGGGGAGGGAACGUCGAAGGUCGCCGGCGGCGCGGGAGGCGGCCGCGCGACCGUGCCGAGCGCGGAAGCCGACGUUCAAGCCGCGAUGCGGGGUCUUCACGACACUAUGGGCGCGCUGGAGGGGUUGAACGCGGCGUUGGCCGCGCCGGCGGCGGCGCGGCCGCCGCCGCCGCCGCCGUUUUCGCCGUCGCCGGAGAUGACGAGCUCGAUCGUCGAGAUGGGGUUCUCGCACGCGCAGGCGAGGGCGGCGUUAGUCGCGGUCAGAGGGCAGAGUAUCGAGCUCGCGAUGGAAUGGCUGUUCACGCAUCCGGAGCAGGCUGCGGAGGCGGACGCCGAAGCCGCCGCCGCGGAGGCGCCGACGGAGCCGCCACCGGCGGCGGCGGCGGACGGCGCGGAAGCGCCCGCGGCGGAGACGCCCGCGGCGGAGACGCCCGCGGCGGAGACGCCCGCGGCGGAGACGCCCACAGCGGAGACGCCCGCGGCGGAGACGACGACGUCGCCGCCGCCGACCGCGAGCGCGGACGCGGACGCGGACAUGAUGCGCGCGCUCGCGAUGUCCAUGGGCGAGGAGGAGGAGAUCGAAGCCGCGGCGGAGAAGGAAAAGGCGGAGGACGAAGAGGCGAAGAAAGAGGAGAGCGCCCCCGCGAAGCCGCCGCCGCUUCCCGAGCCGCUCGACGUCGACCCGUCGUCAUUACCCUCGCCCGCGGCGAUGAUCCCUCCGCUGUUGCGGCUGUCCGAGCGCAACGAAGCGAUGGCUUUCGCGGGCGCGGAUCUCCUCGUGAAGGCGUUUAAACGCGCGGACGGGGACGCACGGACCUCCGCGGUGCGCGCGCUCGUGCAAGCCGUGCGCUCGCAGAGCGCGCAGCUCAAGUACGGCGACGACGAGGAGACGCACGCGAAGCGCCUGUGCACGGCGGUCCAUCUCCUCGCGCUGGUGCUCGUGGAAGACCCGGACGCGAGAGAUCCCGCGGCGGAGGAGGACGUGGUGGACCUCGCGCUCGCGACGCUGGAGGAAUUUCAAGCCGCGCGCGCGGCGGAUCCCGAGACGGGGAAACCGAGCGACUGCGGGAAGGCGAUGAUGCCGUGGUGGGCGAGCGGGAUGCUGCUCGUGCUCGACACGAUGUCGCAGUGGCGCAUGAUCAACACGGAGGACGCGGCGGGCGACGGGAAGAAGGAAAAGGAGAACGACGCGGGCGGCGAGAAGGAGAAAGAGAAAGCCGCGGAGGAUACGAAACCCGCCGAGAAGACGUCGCCCGCGAAAAAGCCGAUCGCGGACGUCAUCGGCGGCGACCCGGCGGGGUACCUCGACGAACCCUCGCGCGUCCGCGCGACGAAGCUGUGCGUGAACAUCCUGCGACUCACGGAGAAGUACGGCGACGUCACCCCUGGGGUGACGAUCGCGAGCGCGAGAACGUCGGACGCGGACGUCGGCGGCGUCCAAGCGGCGUUACAGCUGUUGUCGCACCUCACGCUGUCGCACGCGCGCGCGAAGCAAGUCUUAGACGCCGGGUGCUUACGGUUGCUUCUCGACCUUCCCGCGCGGUUCGCGUUCCCCGCGUACGACGCCCUCGCGGCGUCCAUCUUACGGCACAUCGUGGAGGACGUCAACACGUUACAGUCCGCGAUGGAGGCGGAGAUUCACGCCGCGCUCAGCGGGCCCGGGCACGCGCGCGGACGGACGACGAUGCUCGCGGCGUUGUCGUCGCUGAGGCCGGUGAUAUCGCGCGAUCCGGUGUGUUUCCUCGCCGCGAUGGAGAAGUGCUGCACGUUCAAGGAGGUGGACGGGAGGAGGGUCAUCUCGUUGAAGCCUCCGGGGGAGACGACGACGGGCGCGGCGGCGGCGGCGGCGGCGGCGGUGGCGGGCGGAAAGAAAUCCGCGGACGGCAAAACCGACGCGUCCGCGCCUGCGGAGCAACCUCCCGCGGUCAAGAGCGCGAAACCGACGCAAAAGGUGAAGAUCUCGUCCACGUUCAUCGCCGUCAUCGACGCGCUCGCGAACGCGGUGCUCGGGUACCCUCCCCCCCCGGCGGCGGAUAAGGCGGCGGCGGACGAGACGCCCGCCGGCGAAGGCGCCGUCGCGAUGGACGUCAACGGCGGCGACGCCGCGCCGCCCGCGGGGACCGCGCGCAUCGGAGACACGAACGUCCCCGUCACCGCGCCGUCGCUCG